GUCCUCGUGAAGUAAAAUAACCACUAGUUGUCCCAAUAAAACACGGUUUCGUUAUAUUCCAAAUACUGAUCGUCAAGCCAUUAUCUAGUCUUCUCUCUCACUCAUCAUCGCGUGCUUCCUUUGUUCUUCGUCCAAUCGCAAAAGUUCUGUGAUUCAUAGGGUUCAGAACCGGUGUUGGUGGGUUGUGGAUUGUUGAAAAGGUGAGAAGGUAUGUGGGCAGCUUCUUGCCUUGCGUCAUGCUGCGCCACCUGCGCAUGCAAUGCAUGCAGCACGGUGGUGGCCGGGAUUAGCCGACGAUCUGCUCGGAUCGCGUAUUGCGGCUUGUUCGCGCUGUCGCUGAUCGUGUCGGGGAUUCUCAGAGAGGUUGCUGCACCUCUCAUGGAAAAGAUCCCUUGGAUUAAUCAUUUUCACCAAACACCAGAUAGGGAGUGGUUUGAAACAGAUGCCGUGCUGCGGGUUAGCUUGGGAAACUUCUUAUUUUUCACCAUUCUAGCUGUUCUAAUGGUUGGUGUGAAAAAUCAGAAGGAUCCUCGUGAUAGUUUACACCAUGGUGGUUGGAUGAUGAAAAUCAUUUGCUGGUGCCUUUUGGUAAUCUUUAUGUUUUUCCUUCCCAAUGGGAUUAUCAGCUUUUAUGAGUCAACAUCAAAGUUCGGCUCAGGGUUGUUUCUUCUUGUUCAAGUUGUGCUUUUGUUGGAUUUUGUUCAUGGAUGGAACGACAAAUGGGUUAAAUAUGAUGAGCAGUUCUGGUACAUUGCAUUGCUUGUUGUUUCACUUGUUUGCUAUGUGGCAACAUUUUCGUUCUCUGGACUUCUCUUCUAUUUGUUUUCCCCGUCUGGACAUGACUGUGGACUCAACACCUUCUUUAUUGUCAUGACACUGAUUUUUGUGUUCGUUUUCACUAUAGUGACACUGCACCCUGCUGUUGGUGGCAGCAUUUUGCCAGCUUCAGUUAUAUCUUUGUACUGCACAUACCUCUGCUAUAGUGGACUUGCCAGUGAACCAAGGGAAUACGAAUGCAAUGGACUUCACAGGCAUUCUAAAGCUGUCUCGACUGGGACCCUUACUGUGGGGCUGCUUACAACAAUUCUAUCGGUUGUCUAUUCUGCAGUCCGUGCUGGUUCUUCUACAACUUUGCUCUCCGCACCUAGCUCACCCCGUGCAGGUACUGGGAAGCCUUUGCUACCGGUGGACCAGGUAGUUGAGCAGGAAGAGAAGGAGAAAGAACGAGCUAAGCCAGUUUCAUAUUCAUAUUCCUUCUUCCAUCUCAUCUUCUCCCUUGCUAGCAUGUACUCGGCAAUGCUUCUUACAGGGUGGUCUACCUCAGUUGGGGAGAGCGGGAAUUUGGUGGAUGUAGGAUGGCCAUCUGUGUGGGUACGAAUCAUAACCGGGUGGGCAACUGGAUCUUUGUUCCUCUGGUCACUUGUUGCCCCCCAUCUAUUCCCAGAGAGGGAGUUCUGAACAUCCUGAGCCCCAUUCUGGACAGAGUAUAUAGUAUGUCCAUGUAUAUGGUAAUACGCCGCUUGUGUGUGUGAAAUUUCUGACUUGCUAUAUAUAUUUGUGACUGAAAAACAACUGAAAUGCGUGUCCUUUUGCAAGUGGAGAUAGGUAAAUGCUCCAUUUCUAAAUAAAAACAAUCUGGGUUUGCUCAAGUUAUUGUGUUAUUACCAUAACUAUUAAAUGCCAUUUCCUAGUUUUGAGGCUUGUUGGAAUGAA